GGGGCGCAGGGCCGCCGGAGCUGCGGAACGUGGGCUCGCGCCCCGCCUUUGUCUCCCGGGCGCGAGCCGCUGCAGCCCCGCACCCGCCGCCUGCUGCCGGAGCCGCUUUGUGCCGCGGCGCGGGGGACGGGGACGCGGGGCGCGCAGCCGGCGGGCGCAGCCUCAGCAUGGACGUGACCGUCUCGGAGCUCAUGGAGCUCUUCCUGCAGAGCCCCCUGGUGACCUGGGUGAAAACUUUUGGCCCGUUCGGAAGCGGCAACCAGGACAACCUGACUAUGUAUAUGGAUUUAGUGGACGGCAUCUUUUUGAACCAAAUCAUGUUGCAAAUAGAUCCCAGGCCGACGAAUCAGCGCAUCAACAAGCAUGUCAACAACGAUGUGAACCUUCGCAUUCAGAACUUGACCAUCUUGGUGAGAAACAUAAAGACCUACUACCAGGAAGUGCUCCAGCAGCUGAUCGUAAUGAAUUUGCCCAAUGUUUUGAUGAUUGGCAAAGACCCACUGUCUGGGAAAAGUAUGGAGGAAAUUAAGAAGGUGCUGCUGCUGGUGCUGGGCUGUGCUGUCCAGUGUGAAAGGAAAGAAGAGUUUAUUGAAAGAAUCAAACAGCUGGACAUUGAGACCCAGGCGGGGAUCGUGGCUCACAUCCAGGAGGUCACCCACAACCAGGAGAACGUGUUCGACCUGCAGUGGCUGGAGCUCCCCGACGUGGCCCCGGAGGAGCUGGAGGCUCUCUCCAGGAACAUGGUGUUUCACCUCAGGAGGCUCAUCGAUGAGCGAGACGAGUGCACCGAGCUCAUCGUGGACCUCACCCAGGAGCGGGACUACCUGCAGGCGCAGCAGCCCCCCAGCCCCCUCAAGGCCUCCAGCUCCGACUCCACACCCAGCCCCACCAGCAGCCUCUCCAGCGAGGACAAGCAGCACCUGGCUGUGGAGCUGGCCGACACCAAGGCCCGGCUGCGGCGCCUCAGGCAGGAGCUGGAGGAGAAAACAGAGCAGCUUGGGGACGCCAGGCAUGAGAUGGACCAGCUGGUGUUGGAGCUGCAGAAGGUUAAGCAAGAGAACAUCCAGCUGGCGGCGGACGCCCGGUCAGCCCGCGCCUAUCGCGACGAGCUGGACUCCCUGAGGGAGAAGGCAAACCGCGUGGAGAGGCUGGAGAUGGAGCUGGUGCGCUGCAAGGAGAAGCUGCACGACGUGGACUUCUACAAGGCCCGCAUGGAGGAGCUGCGGGAAGAUAACAUCAUUUUAAUCGAGACCAAGGCCAUGCUAGAGGAGCAGCUGACAGCCGCCCGGGCCCGAGGCGACAAAGUCCACGAGCUGGAGAAGGAGAACCUGCAGCUGAAAUCGAAACUCCACGACCUGGAACUGGACCGGGACACAGACAAGAAGCGAAUUGAGGAGCUGCUGGAAGAAAACAUGGUCCUGGAGAUCGCACAGAAGCAGAGCAUGAACGAAUCCGUCCACCUGGGUUGGGAGCUGGAGCAGCUGUCCAAGAAUGCAGACCUGUCAGACGCCUCCAGGAAGUCGUUCGUGUUUGAACUGAACGAGUGUGCGUCCAGCCGCAUCCUGAAGCUGGAGAAGGAGAACCAGAGCCUGCAGAGCACCAUCCAGGGGCUGCGGGACUCCUCCCUGGCGCUGGAGGAGAGCGGCCUCAAGUGCGGGGAGCUGGAGAAGGAGAACCAGCAGCUCAGCAAGAAGAUUGAAAAAUUACAAACCCAGCUGGAGAGAGAGAAGCAGAGCAACCAAGAUUUGGAGACCCUGAGCGAGGAGUUGAUCAAAGAGAAGGAGCAUCUUCAGAGUGACAUGGAGAUCCUGAAGGCUGACCGAGCCAGGCAGAUCAAGGAUCUUGAGCAGGAAAAGGAUCAUCUCAACCAGGUGGUGUGGGCGCUGCGGGAGAGAUCGCAGGUGGGCAGCGAGGCCCGCGUGAAAGACAUCGAGAAGGAGAACAAAGCCCUGCACCAGACAGUGACGGAAACCAGCAGCAGGCUCAGCAAGCUGGAGUUUGAGAAGAAGCAACUGCACAGGGACUUCGAGCAGGCCAAGGAGAAGGGCGAGCGAGUGGAGGAGCUCGAGAAGGAGCUGCACCGGCUGGAGAAGGAGAACGAGAAGCUGGCCAAGAAGGCGACCUCCCUGAAAGCGGCCACCGAGAGGGCGGACGCCCUGGAGCACGAAAGCAGAGGCCUGGAGCUGGAGAACCGGAGGCUACAGAAGUCCCUGGGCACCUUGCAGAAUAUGUCGGUGCAGCUUGAGGGCCUGGAGCGGGACAACCGGAGGCUGGACGAGGAGAACCUGGAGCUGCGCAAGAUGGUGGAGGCCUUGCGCUUCAGCAGCGCCAAGGUGUCGCAGAUGGAGAGGGAGAACCAGGAGCUCGAGCGCGAGAAGGAGGAGUUGAAGCAAAACGUGGAGCUGCUGAAGGCCCUGAGCAAGAAGUCGGAGCGCCUGGAGCUCAGCUACCAGAGUGUGAGUGCGGAGAACCUCCGGCUGCAGCAGACGCUGGAGAGCAGUGGCCAGAAGUCCCAGGCCCUCGAGAGAGAGCUCGGGGAGCUAGAGGCGGAAAACCAGGUGCUGCAGCGAGACCUGGAGGCCCUGCGGCUCUCCAACAAGCAGCUGGAGAGGUUUGAGAAGGACAAGAAGGCGCUGGAGCAGGAGGUGGCCCAGCUGGAGAAGGACAAAAAGUUGCUGGAGAAGGAGGCCAAGCGGCUGUGGCAGCAGGUGGAGUUGAAGGAUGCCGUCCUGGAUGACAGCACCGCCAAGCUGUCCGCAGUCGAGAAGGAGAGCCGCGCGCUGGACAAGGAGCUGGCCCGCUGCAGGGAGGCGGCCAGCAAGCUGAAAGAGCUGGAGAAGGACAACAGAGACCUCACCAAGGAGGUCACCAUGCACACGCGGACGCUGACGACCCUAAGGGAGGACCUGGUGCUGGAGAAGCUGAAGAGCCAGCAGCUGACGAGCGAGCUGGACAAACUGAGCCAGGAGCUGGAGAAGGUCGGCCUCAGCAAGGAGCUGCUGCUGCAGGAUGGCAGCCCCAGUGACACGAAAUGCAAGAUUUUGGAGGGCAGAAAUGAAUCAGCAUUAAAAACAACACUAACCAUGAAAGAGGAAAAGAUCAUGUUCUUGGAAGCCCAGAUGGAAGAGAAAGUGAGCCUCAACCACCAAUUGCAGAACGAGCUCCAGAUGUUGAAGAAGGAGCGUGAGAUUCUCAGGCAGAACCAGAAAGAGGGGAAGCACUUGCAAAACUCUUUCAAACACCCCCUGGGGAAGUUGGUCACCAGUCAGCAGGGGAAGGAGACCUGGGGGCCCAGCCACCAGGAAGCCACAAUGGAGCUGCUCCGCGUGAAGGACAGGGCCAUCGAGCUGGAGCGGAACAACGCAGCUCUGCAGACUGAGAAGCAGCUGCUCAAGGAACAGCUGCAGCACCUCGAGACCCAGAACGUGGCUUUCAGCAGUCAGAUCCUGACGCUGCAGAAACAGAGCGCCUUCCUGCAGGAGCACAACACGGCGCUGCAGACACAGGCGGCCCAGCUCCAGGUGGAGAAUUCCACGCUGAGCUCCCAGAGUGCCGCGCUCACCGCACAGUACACGCUGCUCCAGAACCAGCAGACGGCCAAGGAGAGCGAGAACGAGAACCUGCAGAAGCAGCAGGAGCGGCUGGCGGCCGCCCACGAGGCCCUGCUCCAGGACCACGAGCACCUGGGCGCCCUGCACGAGCGGCAGUCGGCCGAGUACGAGGCCCUCAUCCGCCAGCACAGCUGCCUGAAGACGCUGCAUCGGAACCUGGAGCUGGAGCACAAGGAGCUCGGGGAGAGGCACAGCGACAUGCUGAAGCACAAGGCAGAGCUGGACGAGCUGGAGAAGGCCUUGAGGACCGAGAGAGAAGCGCUCCAGCAAGAGCAGAGGACGGCUGCUGUCACCGCAGGCGAGAACCAGAGGCUGCGGGGGGAGCUGGACAGAGUGAACUUCCUGCACCACCAGCUGAAGGGGGAGUAUGAGGAGCUGCACACCCAUACCAAGGAGCUGAAAACCUCGCUGAACAACUCGCAGCUGGAGCUGAACCGCUGGCAGGCCCGGUUCGACGAGCUGAAGGACCAGCACCAAAGCAUGGACAUCUCGCUGACCAAGCUGGACAACCACUGUGAGCUGCUCUCCCGUCUCAAGGGGAACUUGGAGGAAGAAAACCAUCACCUCUUGAGCCAGAUCCAGCUGUUGAGCCAGCAGAACCAGAUGCUGCUGGAGCAGAACAUGGAGAACAAGGAGCAGUACCACGCGGAGCAGAAGGAGUACAUAGACAAAUUAAAUGCCUUACGGAGGCACAAGGAAAAACUGGAAGAAAAAAUCAUGGAUCAGUACAAGUUCUACGACCCUGCUCCAAAAAAGAAGAACCACUGGAUUGGAGCCAAAGCCUUAGUCAAACUCAUCAAACCAAAGAAAGAGGGUUCGCGAGAACGGUUAAAGUCCACCCCAGACAGCCCCGCCUGGCAGCCAGAGUCCUCAGACCCCACCUCACCGUCACCUUCUCAGCCUCGCAGAUCGCAGCCGGAGAACCCGGAGACCACCCCGUUGGGGGCAAACUGUGCGGAAGAGCGAGACACCCCCAACGGGCCUGUGGGAAAAGGCCCUGGGGAUCUAAAACCAAAGCGAGGGUCCUCGCACGGGGGCAGCCUCGACCGCACGGAUGCCCGUGCCAACCCAGCCGUGAAGCCUUGGCCUGCAGAGCUGGGCUCACGGACCUGCUCAACCUCAGCCGUCACUACAGUCCCUGCCUGCUCCACCCCCAUCUCCCGACACCCAGGCCGUGCCAAAGGCUACAACUCAGAUGACAACCUGUGUGAGCCGUCCCUGGAGCUCGAGUUCACCAGCCACCGGCAGUAUGUGUCCCGCCCGAGUAGCCUAGAAAGCAGUAGAAAUGCAUCCAGCAACAGCUCACCUCUUAACCUAAAAGGUUCCUCCGACCAGCUCCACGGCCGGUCUGAGAGCUUCGGCAGUGAGGACCUGAUCCCCAGCAGGGACACGAGCACGCUGCCCCGGGACACUGGCCCCCCAGGGCGCCCUGCCCUUGGCCGCCAUGAGCACCCCCCACCCCGGAACGGGCCGCUCCCCCAGGAGGGUGUGAAGAGGGGCCGGCCCCGCGCCGCCUCCCCGAGCAGCGAGAUGGUCACCCUGGAGGAGUUCCUGGAGGAGAGCAACCGGAGCUCGCCCAUGCAUGAUACCCCCAGCUGCCGGGACGACUUGCUAAGUGACUACUUCAGAAAGGCCCAUGACCCCCCAGCCACCGGCGGCCAGCCAGGACCCCUGACCAGGAAAGAAGGGUCCAGGAUGCCCACCAGCUUUGUGGUCCCCACUGUCAAAAUGGCCAUCAGCACCCCUGAGGGGAGGCAGCUCAAGCCCGGGCAGUACGUGAAGCCAAACUUCAGACCAGCUGAGGCCGAGGGCCCCCCCAGCGGCCCCCCGCGGCAGGCCCAGCCUCCCCAGAGCCUGUCUCUGGGCAGACCCCGGCAGGCCGCGAUGCCCCCAGCUUCCCACACGCCCACCAGCCGGAGCGCGUCCCUGAACCGGGCCUUCAGCCUGGCCUCCGCCGACCUCCUCCGGGCCAGCGGGCCAGAGACCUGCAAGCAGGAGCCGCCUCAGAAACCGGGGGGCUGCGAGGCCCUGGGGAGCAGAGAGGCAGGUGGCCACACCCUGCAAAGCCCCACACCCCCCAGCUCCCACAGCCUGGCCCGGGAGCGGACCCCACUUGUGGGAAAGGCCGGAGGCUCGUGUCAGGGCCCGGGACCCCGCAGCCGGCCACUGGACACAAGGCGUUUCUCACUGGCGCCUCCGAAGGAGGAGAGGCUGGCCCCCCUGCAGCAGUCCGCCACAGCCCCAGCCAUCGCCUCCGGGGGCGGUGGCAGCAGCUCACAGCUCCAGCACUCCGCGCCUGCCGCAGCCCCGGCCACCAGGACUAAGCUCAAGACCUCCCCGCAUUCUGGGGAGGUGGCCGCCGUUGCCCCUGUGCGGGCAGGGCUCAGCCUCUCCGAGGGAGACGCGGCCCCUGGGCAGGGCUACGGCGAGGGGCUCCCUGCCAACGCAGCCCCCCAUGCCCCCCGGGGCCUCGAGGACUUCAAUCGUGGCAGCAGCUCAAAGAGCACACCGGCGUCCCCCGAGCCGGGCGGGGACCAGCAGACGGUGUGGUACGAGUACGGCUGCGUGUGAACCAGAAGCAACCGGCCCCCUGGCCCUCUGAUCCCCUGGGGCUCCCCACAUUUCUCCCUUUUGUUGUGAUGGAAACACUGUGCCAAGCCCUGGGAGGAGUGUGCUCCCAGUGUGCCCCUUCUUCCACAUCCACGGCUCCCGGUCACCGAGAGCUUCUGAACAAAUCCACCUUGGCUUGGGGACCACUCGGAACGCAGUGACAGACUGACCUGCCCCAGAGCAGAUGCUCUUCUCACGUGCCCCUGGGAACACACGUUUGCAGCUCGCUGGCCUCCAUCAAAGCACGCGUGCAGCUUCCUGCACCCACAGGCUUGGGAGGCUGAGCCCGAGAAUGCAGGGGUGGGUGUGGAAGCCGCGCCCCGUCCCGCCCAGGGAAACCCACACUGGCCGAACUGUAGUGACCCUGGGGGCCUUUGCAGACCCCAGGGUCAAGCUGCUGUUAAAAACCAGGGUCCUUGCAGCUCUGUUCCUGGGGUCCCACGCACUUGCCCUGCUCACCCCAGGGCCCAGGCUGCCUUCGGGGCAGGUGGCAGGUGAUCGCAGGCAUUCGCCUCCAUCCUGCCAGCUCCCUGGGAGCCACACGGGGCCCUGCCCUCCCAGCCCCCCAGCUCGCUCUUCUACAAACACUGGAUCCUCAGGGCCUGGAGGGGCGGGGAGCAGAGAGAGGCGUGCACCCCCACCCCCACCCCCGCUGCUCCCCGGCAGGACUCAGCCCUGUACAGAAGGGAGGCAGGCACGGGGUGAGGCAGUGCCCUGAUUUCCCCGACUCAGGGGGAUGUUGAUUUAUUAUUUCUGAAUAAGUUUUGGGUAGAAACCAAAUUUCUUUUAAUAUAUUACACACACACACACACACACACACACACAUAUACACAUAUAUAUAGACACACUCGUGAAAUAUAUAUAUACAUACUUUUGGGGGUUUCUAUUUAUGCUCCAUUGGGAGUUGUUCUUUUCUACCAGGAAUCUUAUCUGCUGCUUUGUGUAUUUUUUCAGAUUCCUGACAAACUUUGUUUCCUGUUGUUUAGUAAAGGUGCUUUUUCCUGGAUGAACUAAACCCAUUGAAUUUUUUUAAGGUUUUUUUUUUCUUUUGAUUUAGUAUUCUGAGAAAGAAAUGGGAGACUUGAAUGUUAACAGGAUCAAUGUUGAGAGUGCUUUGGGUUGCAUAUUAAAUAGCCAUCCGUCUCUGAAACACGUGGACAGGAUCGUAAUAAAAAGAAAUGGAAUCAAAGCCAAGUCCUGGCUUUCCUCACUGCACGUUACUAGCAGCGUUAGCUCGGCAGCUGGGGGGCUCUCGGGGCUCCCUGCCUCAGCUCCCCAGUCUUCCUCUGUGGCUGGCUUGGCCCCACGAGUGAUGUGAAGCCGUUAUACAUCCAGGCAGAGGCUGCAGAGACGCACGUGAAGAGCAGAGUUUAUUGCAUAACAGCUUUCUUCCUGGUUAUGUUUGUUUCAUUAGUACAAAGUGAAUCCAAAUUUGAUAUACCACAGGAGCUCAGUUUGAAGUGGUGCUUUGGUGGCUUCUGUUUCAUCUGAGUCAUACAUACUCAUACUGCUUUGCCCGUGUUCAGAGUGUAGGUUUUGUAGAAAAUUCAGCUUGCGCUCCAGUUUGACACAGGCCUGGCCGGAGGCCCGUAUAGCCCAGGUCCUGUUUAAAAAGACAUGCCUGAGGUCGUCCACGUGGCUUUGAAAGCAUCUUCCAGAGACACUCAAUCCGCCUCGGCGGCCGCCAUGCUACAUAGGAGCAUAUGGGUCUGCAUAAACCAGGUUGCCCCCACUUGCCCUCCAUGCCAGGGCCUCCUUGUUCCUCGGGAGGCGGCAGAGCUGGCUGGAGAGCACUCUGGAGCACUGAGCUGGCCCUCUAUGUCCCAGCUGCCCCUGGGAAGGGUCAGGGAGGCAAACUGGAAACUCUGCAGGUCAUGGUAGCCGCAGCCCAUGAUGGGAGGCCGUGGAGGCCCCGGCAGUGCUUUCUGGGCUUCCUGCUCAGGCUAAAGCAGCUGGGAGCUAAUGCUUGCCAGCUGACCGCCAGAGACCAGCAGUGGGUACUGGGGGUUUGCGUGCUCGUCACGCUCGGGCCUCCUUGUUAGAGCUCUGCAUCGUGAUUAAAAGGUAAGAGUGGCACCGAGAGGAACUGAUUCAGGCCUGCAGGUCAGGGUAGCCCCUCAAGCGGACAGUUGUCCCAGAGAGGCCUCCCAAACUUCGUCUCAGACUCUGGGGUGACUGGCUGGCUCAGAGGUUCCAGAGGAGAGGUUUAUUCCAUGUUCAGACACCUUGGACCCUUGUCUUGAGCACGGAGACACAGCAAGGCAGGCGAGGGAGGAGAGCACCAGCUCUGUACCUGCGACAUGGGACAGGGUGGUCAGUGUCAGGCUCUCGGACUGAGGAUGAGUGUCUGUCCACCCAGGCCUCCCCAGGGUGACUCCAUUCCUUCACCCAUUCGUUAAUGCUCAGAGAGCGCCGAGCUGGGUGCUGGGGAAACAAAAACAGCAGAAGGCCCACCUUCAAGGAGCCCACAUCUUGGAGAGUGAUUACAAUAUCGUCCAAAGUAGAGGAGGACGGGCUGGACAGCCUGGAGUAGGCCCUGGAGGCUUCUUGGAGGAGGCAGCCCUUGAGCAGAUGCCCCAGGGGUUGAGGAGUUCACCUGGCAACGAGGGGAGGGCAGUACAACCUGAAGAAAGCACUGGCUCUGCUCUGGGGAGCACAGGCUGGGGUGGCAGCACCCCAACCUCAGGACUUCAAUCCCUCGCAGGUGCCUACCAGCUGGGUGCCGAGAAAGCCCUUAGCAUCGCUCCCAAGCCCCGUGCCUGUGUUACGGUGAGCACAGCAUGGCUCAGGGGUGAUGGGCGACUCGCCCAAAGUUUCUACCUCUUGGCCACACAGGCCCCUUUGUGGGCUGACCCCUGCCACCUCACGCCCCACCUCCCAGCUCUCUCUGGGCUCCCGUCUCACUGGUCAAGCGGGUGCCUAAAUGUUCCGUGCUCCCCACCGCAGGGCCUUUGCACGAUGGUGCCUCUUAUCCCUCCCUUCUCUACUUAGUUCCUCCUGGCCGAGCUGGGGUUCCUCAGUUAGGAUGCCCUAAGCAGAGUGCCCCCCUCCCUCGCAGCUCUCAGCAUGUUUCAUAGUUAUAUGGUCAGUUGUAGUCACUUAGUGUCCUGGAGAGCAAGGGCCACGUCCAGUGGCAUUUGUUCCCUGUGAGAAGACACAGGCGCUCACCAUGCAGCAUGAACUGAUGGACACACCGAGUGCUCACCGCCCAGGCAGGUGGAUGCUCACGUCCCCCCACCCACAGGCUUCUUGGUUCAUUGCUCUCUGAUGUCCUCACUGUGAUACAGCCUCGCCUGCAAACCCUGACCUCCACGUAAGCUUCCCCGUCUGUGAGGAGUCCUUGGCACCAGCUUUCCUCUCCCCUGGUCUGCCAUCUUCCUGGUGACUUCAAGGCCACAUCAUCCACCGCCCUUCCACAGCUGAUGGUUAACACGCUGACCGGCUCCUCCACUUCAGCCACCUACUCUCGUGGACAGGCCUGGACCUCAUUGUCACAGGACUGGCUCCUUCCCCACCAUACUCUACUCCAAAAGACCCCCGGGCCUGGCCUUGGACCCCUCCUCCUCCCAGUUCCCAUCCCGGGGAACCUGCUCAGCCAGGGAGGCCUUGGUUCUUCCUCUGUGUUCUCCAGGUCCAUCAGCACCUCCACUCCACCCCUCGCCCCAGCCCACACCCACCCAUCCAUCUGUGCACCCAUCAUAAGGGCUUGGGUUUCUUCACUUGGCCCUCAACUUCCAUUACCCGGGACCUCCUUCACAGGCACCCCAUUGUUAGAUCCCAGAAGAAGAAACUAACACAUAGAAGUUGUUUCUAACUCAGGGGCCCCACAGCUUAUCUCACAAGAAAACAGGUGUCCCAUAGACUAAAGAAUGAAGGCUGUUCAAAGCUGU